AUAUAGUAAAGCUAAAAGUAUAGAUGAGGCAUUGAAGCUCUUUCAUGAGAUGUCUCAUAGAGGAUUAACCCCAAAUACUGUGACUUACAAUACUCUUUUAACAGGCAUGUGCCAGGUAGGAAGGCUUUCGGCUGCUCUUAAACUUUUCAAGGAUUUAAUUGCCUGUGGCCAGGUUCCAGAUUUGAGGACUUGGGCAAUUUUGCUGGACGGCUUAUUCAAGCAUGAUCACAUUGAUGACGGUUUGAGACUGUUUCAAGCAAUGCAAAAUUGUGGAUUGAAACCUAACAUUGUAAUCUAUGGUAUCUUAAUUGAUGGUAUGUGUGGGGCUGGACAACUCAAAGUUGCAAGGGAAUUGUUUUCUGGACUUUCUAUGAAAGGCUUAAAACCUGAUGUCUACAUAUACACCAUGAUGAUUAAAGGACUUUGCAAGGCUGGACUAGCAGAUGAAGCAUAUGAAUUGUUUAAAAAAAUGGAAGAUGAUGACUGCUUGCCAAAUGAAUGCUGUUAUAAUACAAUGAUUCGGGGAUUUCUUCAUGAUAAUGAUGUGUCAAGGGCAAUGCAGAUAUGCGAUGAAAUGGUAGAUAAGGGUUUUUCUGCAGAUGCAUCAACAACAGCAAUGGUAGUUGAACUUUUGUCUAGUGAUAGUGGAGAAAUCUUGCAGUGAAUAGUUUAUGCUACACCAAAGAUUACCGAAGUUAAAUGUGAACAAAAUUUCCAAAUUGUCUAAUGAAAUAUUUUUUUUAUUCUUUUGAGUUUGUUAACAGUUGUUUUUGGCCAUAUGAGUUCAGCUAGUUGUAAUGAUUUUAGGUUGGAAGCAGCUGCUAUGCUGGUUAUUUCCUGCAGGGGAGGUCUUCAAUUAAAUUCUCUAUUUUCCUUUCUUAUUUUUCUUUCUUUUUCUAUAUUUUUGAUGAUGUAGACAAAUUACUAAUUGGGAUUGCUCAGCAAAAAGGACAGUUUCUGCCUAAAACUACUGUCCAUGCAUAUGAAUUUUGAGGAUGCUUUGGGGAAACCUGGAAAGAUUGCACUUACAUGGAUGUUGCUCGUCAACAUAGUUCCAUUAGAAGAGCUGUUGACAGGUUUGCAAGGAAGGACUGAGAAUUUGUGAUAUCAACCAAUCCAAUUGUUUGACGG